AUGUUGCUGCUGUGUUCAAGUAACGGUCUGCAGGCGGCUUUGACAACAAGUGUCUACGUACUAGCUGUACUCUCCACAUGUAGCACAGAGGAAUGUGGACUUCAGUUGACAGAGAAGAUGAAAAACAGAUCUGUCGUAUUUAGAAACGUUGAGAAAAUGUCGUGCCAAACUACAUGUUUUGAAGAGUCCUUCAUAUUUGCAUCCUGUCAUCAGUCAAGUGGCGAAGUUAAGAAGAUUGAGAAGAAGGACGGAUCCAGUGUACGUCCAGUGAAACGUCCCAGAUUGGAUGCAAACUUCCUGGAUGGCUUCACCGGUAUUAAGAAAUCAAUACACCGACGUGUCAGCUCGACCUUUGUUGCUGAGAAAGGAUUCGGCAUCAACACCCUUCACUCAGCCUGCCUGGGGGGAGAUGUAGAGGUGGUGAAGUAUGUCCUCUCACAGAACAUGCUGGACAUCAAUGACAAAGUACAUUGCGGGAGAACAGCUGUGAUGUUAGCAGGACAGAAUGGCCAUAAAGAAGUGGUUGAAUUAUGCGUAACACAUGGAGCUAAACUGUCACUCAAAGAUAGAGAUGGUGAAAACAUUCUUCACAUAGCCAGUAAUGGAGGACAUUUGGAGGUAGUGAAAUAUAUCCUGUCACUGGGUACUGUGGACAUCGACGUCAAGAACAAAAAGAGACAAACAGCAGUGGGGAAAGCAAGAGAGAAUAGACACCGAGACGUGGUGGACCUACUUGUGACAUACGGAGCUCUCACAUAA